CCUCAUCAAGACGCCUAUGACUUUGACCGUUAAAACAAAACAUUUUGUUCCUUGAUUGGGCGUUAUUCUCGACCACACUCAGUCUCAGCGUCAUUUCGGCGAAGGUGCUUCUUGUAUUUAGAUUUUUUACACAUUUUUACAACGAAGAUGGCGUCAAGGAGUAAAAGGCGUAAGCUGAAACAGAAACUGAGAAGACCCCGUAAAAGGACAGAAGAUAUCCCGAUUUGGCUUACCAAUAUGGCGACAGUUGCUUUGAGGGCAAUUGUAUUUCUACUUAUUUUGUUUCAUCAGAUGAUGCACAAUUUCAUCAUUAUGCUUAUUGACAUGCCUACGUACAUCUGUUACAAGACAUUUUUCUUGAUUGUGGGCCCAGACAAUUUCAAUAUCAUCAUAUGUAGGCUGAUACCUUUGACCAGUCAAUCCGGAUACAUGAGCUCACUAUUGGCAAUCACCAGCUCGAUGAAGAAAGAUAAUCCUAAUAUGAUUAAGAAGUAUUUAAUCACAAUGUUGAACUUUAUUUUUCUGGUCGAUUAUUUUUAUACGAAGACCGGAUUAUAUAUGAUCCUACUUGUGUACGUCUCGUUGGCAAAUGGGUGUCUCGCUAGUAAUUUUAACGAUAUAUUUCUCAGGAUCGAAGCAUUCCAAUUGAAUCAACAAAUGUAAAUUCAAAAUCUCCUUAUUCAUUUAUCUAUUUGAUAUUACUAUUGUAUUCUUAAAAUAGUUCUUUUGAUGUACCUCUUAUUUUUGUUCAUAUUUUUUUAUAUUUCUUUAUUAUGAUCAUUUCACUAUGUUUUAUA